GAAAGCUCUCCAUCACGGACACGCAAUUUCGUUGACUCCUCUUAAUCUGAAUAUUCCCAUAAUAUGCCAUUAAAAGUUGCAUUCACAUGAAUGAAUAAAUACACAAGACAAGAGCAACAAAGUGUGGGAUUGAGGUUGAUGAGUUUGAGGAAAAUGGGUCUAAUGGGUUUCCCUUAUUUUUUAACAUUAGCUUUGGUUCUGAAUGUGGUUGUGCUGUGCAAUGGAGGCAAGACCAGCACCUUCGUUAGGAAAGUUGAGAAAACUAUGGAUAUGCCACUUGAUAGCGAUGUUUUUGCCGUCCCUCCGGGUUAUAAUGCUCCCCAGCAGGUUCAUAUAACACAAGGUGACCAAGUUGGGAAAGCUGUGAUCGUGUCAUGGGUGACUGAGGAUGAACCAGGGUCAAGAUUAGUGCGUUACUGGAGUGAGAACAGCAAGCAAAAGAAGCUAGCUAAAGGGAAAAUUGUUACUUAUAGAUUCUUCAAUUACACUUCUGGUUUUAUUCAUCACGCCACCAUCAGAAAUUUGGAGUAUAACACCAAAUAUCACUAUGAGGUUGGACUUGGGAACACAACAAGGCAGUUUUGGUUCAUAACUCCACCUGAAGUUGGUCCUGAUGUGCCAUACACAUUUGGUCUCAUAGGGGAUCUUGGUCAGAGUUUUGAUUCAAAUAAGACACUUUCUCAUUAUGAAAUGAACCCAAGAAAAGGACAAACUGUGCUGUUUGUUGGAGACCUCUCUUAUGCUGACAACUACCCAAAUCAUGAUAACGUUAGGUGGGAUACUUGGGGAAGGUUCGCAGAAAGGAGUGUUGCUUAUCAGCCAUGGAUAUGGACUGCAGGGAACCAUGAAAUUGAUUUUGCUCCAGAAAUUGGUGAAACCAAACCUUUCAAGCCUUAUUCCCACCGUUACCAUGUUCCUUAUAGAGCAUCACAGAGUACAGGACCCUUUUGGUAUUCUAUCAAGAGAGCUUCAGCACACAUCAUUGUCUUGGCCUCAUAUUCAGCAUAUGGAAAAUAUACACCCCAAUACAAAUGGCUUGAACAAGAGCUACCAAAAGUUAACAGGACAGAGACUCCUUGGUUGAUUGUUCUCAUGCAUUCACCUUGGUAUAAUAGCUACAAUUAUCAUUAUAUGGAAGGGGAAACAAUGAGAGUAAUGUAUGAGCCCUGGUUUGUGCAGUACAAGGUUGAUGUGGUGUUUGCCGGUCAUGUUCAUGCCUAUGAACGAUCUGAGCGUAUAUCGAAUGUUGCAUACAAUGUGGUAAAUGGUCUUUGCACUGCUGUAAAAGAUCAAUCAGCUCCUGUAUAUAUAACCAUUGGGGAUGGAGGAAACCUUGAAGGCUUGGCAACCAACUGCAGCAUGACGGAACCACAGCCAGAGUACUCAGCAUACAGAGAGGCCAGCUUUGGACAUGCAAUUUUUGACAUAAAGAACAGAACACAUGCUCAUUAUAGCUGGCACCGAAAUCAAGAUGGAUAUGCUGUGGAGGCUGAUUCCCUUUGGUUUUUCAACAGAUACUGGCAUCCAGUUGAUGAUUCUGCAACUCACUUAACACAUUGAUUUACUGGUUCUUUUGAGAAAAUACACAAUACAAUGUCAAUAAAUUCAUGAUUCCGUAAUGGAAUGUAUGUCAAUACCAUCAACAUUGAUUAUCAGUACCUUUUUCAUUCCAAUUUGUAUCU